GGAAUGGUUCCCCCUCAUCUAGCUGGGGAGGGAGGAGGAAGCGCGCAACGAAGCCAUCACGGCUUUCGUAGCCGAUUGCGAAGGGCGGGUUCGUACAUCUUGGGGGCGCUAUCAUCCCUCAACAGAGGAGAUGAAGUUGACUUACGCAUUUGGGCUGGUUGGGACAUCACGUGUUUAUGUCUGCUAAACCGCUUUCGGCCCAUCACUUUUGGCUUCUCCUACAACGAUGUUCGCCAUCCCUCCAACGACCUUGGGCCCCCGGACUUCUUCUUCGAGUACCUCAAACUAAGCCCAUGGACUACUUUGAAAAGAUCUCACGCGAACGGAUAGGCAUGGUCUCUUUCUUCAUGAAGCAGAACGAACUCAUCGAGAACGGGACAAUAUCUCAUCGCGGAGCACAUUACCUCCAUCUGGACACACUCGGCAUCGUCAAUGGCUGCAUUGACUCCGAGUCUCAAACUCUGAGCUAUGCGACGUUUCCUCACAACAAUACAUAUGGGUUGCAAGCAUUGAAUGAGUCGCAGUACCAUUCUGCAAUGUAUGAAAUGACGAGGCCUGGGGGGAUCGCGGACAUGAUCAAGGAGUGCCAUCGAUUGCAGCGCAAGCUCGAUCCCGGUGACCACGGCGAUUCAAAGCGGGUAGCGGAUUACUGCCGAAUGGUGGGAGCAACCAUCGAGGAGAAGAUGAACCAGCCUUACCGUCAGACAGGCGCGAGCGGCUGGUACGAUAUCACACACCCCUCGCAAGACCCGUUUCCUCCAAUGUAUGGGGCCGGUUUCCUCAAUCAGCAUUGGGUUCAGCGAGCUCUAGGGACGCCGGUAAAUCACACCAUGGGUUCGUCAUCGGUUGGGGAGGGCUUCGGAAUGACGGGCGACAUGUCGAGAGGGGGUCAGCUUGAGGAUAUUGGCUACAUUCUCGAUCACGGGGUCCGCGUAGCCUUGAUGUACGGCGACCGAGACUAUGCCUGCAACUGGGUGGGCGGAGAAGCGGCGUCAUUGAGCGUCCCGUACGCUCACCAGGACGACUUCGCCUCUGCCGGCUACAUUCCGCUCGUCAUCUCACCAGUCCAUUCUGGGGGACUCACGAGACAAUUCGGCAAUUUCUCCUUUACCCGAGUAUACCAAGCUGGGCACAUGGUGCCUUCGUACCAGCCCGAGGUGGCGUAUGAGAUCUUCAUGCGCGCAAUCACAGGCAGGGAUAUUGCUACGGGGAAGGUAUCACUUGAAGAGGUCGCGGCACACGGGGAGCAGUAUUCGUCGAAGGGCACACCAGACGCCUGGUGGAUGAAGAGCGAAAUCCUGCCCUCACCACCGAGCGAGUGCUACUUGUUCGACACCGGCCGAUGUAGUGAGGAAGAGCUGAAGUGGAUUCAGGAUGGCACGGCAAUUGUAAAGGACUGGAUUGUGGUAGGUCGAGAGCCAGCGAAAGACUUGGAGUGGGCCGCUGGCGAAUUCCACCAGCAGGUCCUUGGGACGUAGAAUACGCAGAGACUGUGGCUAGCCAGUGCUCGCAGUGCGCCUCAAAAGGAAUGCAGGGCUCUUGGUCAGCGCGCAGCUGAUGACACGAGGCGUGAUGUACCAAACGUUAUCCGCGAUGACAUCAAAUGGUGGGGCCGGCCCACGUCUCUACAUGCUCUACUUCUACCUUACC